AUGGAAAACAUUUCAAACACAAAAGGAGUUUUUUCUCCUAUUGAAAUCAUAUCAGCAUCAAACUUACUGAAAAAGCAGCGACGAAACUUAAAAGUUAUGCUUUCUCGAUUUUAUUACUCGAAAAUAAGCAAAAUUUUGUAUUUGUUUUUCAUCAUGUUGACUGUCUGACUCCUCGCAGGGAUUAUAUUUGGCUUAAGCCAACUAUACUUUGCAAUCGCUGUCAUUUUAUUAGUAUUGAUGCUUAUUCUUGCGAUUUUUGAAGUAGUUUAUAGGGUUUUUAUGGAAGGAAACGUAACUUUCUUCAGCGAAAAGUGAAACAUUGCUGACGUUACUUGUUUAAGCAUCAGCUGCUUAAUUUGUUGUAUAUCUUUUGGGAUAGCAGGGUUAAUUAGCUAUGCAGGAGAAAUUUUGGCUGUUUUGAUAAAUUUGGUUAGGCUUUUGUUGAUUUAUUUUAAAUUGCUGAGGAUGCUUAAUAGGAUGAAAAACACAGAAAUUUCAGUGAAUGAUUUAAAUGGUUAUGGAUAUAGCAAUGAAGUCCAAACGCCAACGUCUAAAGAUGUGUCAGAUAAAGAAAUAAAUGACCAGGAAAAGUAUAAUGAUGGCGUGUUUAAGUUUCAUGAGUCGUCGAGAACUGAUGAAUCUGAGGGCUAA